CUUCAGUAAUUUAACUUUUGCACAUUUAAUUCAUCAGAUUAAAAAAAAAACUUAAGAGAACUUGACUUUCCCUUAUUUAGUGUUUUUAAAUAGUCAAUAGGAUAUUAAACCCAAGUCUAACAUGGGUGCAUCAACCUGCUUUUACAUUUUCCUUAAAACAAAAGAGGUAAUUCAUUUUAUUCUUCUGCUAACCCUCUUUAGAUAGCAGUGAAUUCCUGGAUUAGGUGAAAAAUCAUUAAAAGACCUUGUAGAUUUUAUAAAUCCAGGCCAUUUGUAUUUUUCUUGCUUGUUUCUCUAGGAUAAUUAAAUAGUGAUGGAUUAGAAUUAGGCUGCAGCAGAGAUUGGGGAAAAAAAAAUCUCCCGGCAUCCUUUCCUGCAGGAGCGUCAGCUUUCGGCAGUGAGUGUAGCUGCCACUUUUAACUGACAUGUCUUAAAUUCUGCCCUGGGAAGCUCGGGGACGCUGUCAGCAGCCGGGCAACUUCUUUUCUUACUCUUAUUAAUUGAGCAUCUCACAAUAUACCAAGACAUAACUCAGAAUUUGAGGAUUUUUUUGCCUUUUAAAUUGAGAACUGUCUCUUCUUUCCAUUUGCUUUAAAAAAAAAAUCUGGUAGGAAAGAAGAAAAGGCAUCUAUAUUCAUUUCUUCAAAGUUACAGCUGCUCUAAACCUGCCUUCUCGUGUAGAUAUGGCAACAAGCAGCCAGCACUUCUCAUCAUUCGAUUCAAAACAGGCACCGGGACAGCACCGAACGUCUCAUGCGAAAAGGUCACUGUCAACUAAGGUGGAUCUUAGGAGUGGCCUCGAAGAAUGUGCAAUGGCAUUGAACUUAUUUCUAAGUAACAAAUUUACAGAUGCCUUAGAAUUGCUUCGACCAUGGGCUAAGGAGAGCAUGUAUCAUGCCUUGGGCUACAGUACCAUUGUGGUGUUGCAGGCUGUCAUGACCUUCGAGCAACAGGACAUCCAAAACGGCAUUUCUGCCAUGAAGGACGCCUUACAAACCUGCCAAAAAUACAGGAAGAAAUGCACAGUUGUAGAGUCUUUCUCAAGUCUUCUUUCAAGAGGAUCCUUGGAACAGCUGACUGAAGAGGAAAUGCAUGCUGAAAUCUGUUAUGCCGAGUGCCUCCUACAGAAAGCAGCCCUCACGUUUGUGCAGGAUGAAAAUAUGAUCAACUUCAUCAAAGGUGGACUCAAAAUUAGAACAAGUUACCAAAUAUAUAAAGAAUGUCUUUCAAUCCUCCAUGUAAUUCAGAAGAACAAAGUUGAGCAGCAGUUCUUCUACGAGUUUGAAGGGGGUGUCAAGCUUGGAAUAGGGGCCUUUAAUUUGAUGCUGUCCCUUUUACCAGCACGGAUUAUCAGACUACUAGAAUUUAUAGGAUUUUCUGGAAAUAGGGAGUUGGGCAUCCUGCAGUUACGGGAAGGCGCCUUAGGAAGAAGCAUGAGGUCUCCACUGUGCUGCUUAACUAUACUAGCUUUUCAUACUUACAUCUCUUUGAUACUUGGUACGGGAGAAGUGAAUGUUGUGGAAGCAGAGAGUCUCCUUGAACCCUACCUCCAGCAGUUUCCAAAUGGCUCCCUUGUGUUGUUCUAUCAUGGCCGGAUAGAGCUGCUGAAAGGCAAUGUGGAAGAGGCACAAGAGAUAUUUCGAAAAUGCAUUUCAGUUCAAGAAGAAUGGAAACAGUUUCACCAUCUCUGUUACUGGGAGCUGAUGUGGAUUUUUGUAUUCCAACAAAACUGGAGAGAGGCAUAUUACUAUUCAGAUCUGCUUUGCAAAGAGAGUAAAUGGUCCAAGGCAACAUAUGUGUUCUUAAAAGCUGCAAUUUUGAGUAUGCUUCCAGAAGAGGAUGUGGUAGCAACUAAAGAGGAUGUGGUAACUUUAUUCAGACAGGUGGAUGGCUUGAAGCAGAGAAUUGCUGGGAAAUCGAUCCCUACUGAGAAGUUUGCAGUGAGGAAGGCUCGACGUUACUCUCCCUCAUUGCCAGCACCCGUGAAGCUCGUUUUGCCUGCCCUGGAAAUGAUGUAUGUUUGGAAUGGUUUUCCACUAGUGAGUAAAAGAAAAGACCUUUCUGAAAAUCUGUUGGUAACUGUGGAAAAGGCCGAGGCAGCUCUACAAAGUGAGAACCCUAGUGACUACUCCGUAGAUGACGACUGCCUAGUGAAACUGCUAAAAGGAUGCUGCCUGAAGAACUUACAGCGGCCCUUGCAAGCAGAAUUGUGCUUCAAUCACGUUGUCCAAAGUGAAAAGCUACUGAAGUAUGACCACUACCUGGUGCCAUUUACUCUGUUUGAACUGGCAUUUUUGUAUAAAAACCAAGGAGAAAUUGACAAGGCCAUAAAGGUCCUAGAAACUGCAAGAAAUAACUACAAAGAUUACUCACUGGAGUCCAGACUACACUUCAGAAUUCAGGCAGCUCUUCACCUCUGGAAAAAAUCAUCUUCAGAUUGAUCAGAACAUGAAGGAUGGAUUUUUCUCUCAAUUUGUACUGGUGUCUACUGUAGAUUAGGCCUUGUAUUAAAGUGAAAAAAUGAUCUUGUGAAUGAGAGACAGAAAACUAAUUUUGCUGUCAAUGUUUUCUAUAAUUUGUGUGGUUUACUCUUGGUCUACUUAAGUGUUUUUUUUUUCUCUAUGGAAUGAUGGUCAGUAAUAUUUUGAAAACUCUUAUAUUUUGCAUCUUCAAAAGGAAUUUAUUAAUUUGGAGAGUGAAGAAGUCUUUUAAAGGACUCACAGGUACAAUAAAGUCUAAAUAGAUUAUUUAUUUUUUUAAAUGUGGAAA